CCGGACUCUCGUUGGUUCCUCAGGCCCACACCCUUUUGGUGCCUAGCGCCCAUCCCCAGCCAGGCACCCACUGCUGCCUCCCUGCUCCUUGCUAACUGCUGACCCGAGACAAGAGGAGCUCUUUAGGGUCAAGGCGAUGGCUCAAGUGCCCGUUGACCUGGCUCCAUGCCCCAGCACCUGGGAGCCUUUAGAUCCAGCUCAGAUUGAGAAGCUCAUCAUCCAGGGCCAAGAAGCCAAGAAGUUUGCCUAUUGUCCCUACAGUAACUUCCCAGUCGGGGCAGCUCUCCUGACCCUGGACGGGAAGAUCUUUUCAGUUCCCAGUAACCUGAAGAAUGACUUUAUUGCCCCAUGUGGAGCCUGUAGACAAGUAAUGCGGGAGUUUGGAAAACAUUGGUAUGUCUACAUGACAAAAGAAGAUGGCACAUAUGAUGUCAGGACAGUCCAUGAACUACUUCCUGCAUCAUUUGGACCCGAUGACCUGCACAAGACCAAGUGAACCCUGACCGUGGAAGACUGUCCAGCUGAGAAUCUUUUUCAACCACCUCAGAGAAGAUUUGCUCUCACUACCGUCUAGGAGCAUUCCCAGGGCAAUAUUGAUAUGCAUCAACUCCAGUGCUGACCAGGUGCUGCUUCUGCAUCUCCUCUUCAGCCAAUGGACCACUCCGCCGUUUAUAUUUGAAGUGCCUUGAGCAUAUCACAUUGUGUUAGUGGAAAGCACAGCAGCCUAGGAGUCGUGACCUGUAGUCUAUUCUUGGUGCUGCCUCUAACUUCCUGGGUGACCUUCCUUUUCUAUCAAAUGAGGAUGUUGGCCUAAAUCAGGGGGUUUUCAUCUUGUUUGUUCUGGGCCCUUUGAGAAGUCUGGUGAAAUCUAUGGAUCCCUUCUCUGAAGAAUGUUUUCAAAUGAAUAAAAUAAAAUGCAAAG